AUGUCGUCCAACAAAAAAGUGCUCACAAAUGCUGUAAGUUUGUUGUUUUGUUUAUUCGAAUGCGAGAAUCCCAAUCAUUUUUUUCCAGCAAAAAGAAGCAUUGCACCACGCAGAUGAACUCGAAAAGGAGGCGAAUCGCCGCAGAAGUGUCGAGGUUUGUUUAACUAACAGUUUCUUGCAUGUCAAUGAACAUGUAAAAAUUUCAUGUGAGCUCAAAAAAUCUUGAUUAUUUCCAGAAAAAAUCGACAAGCUCUUACACUGAAGACCGAACUCAGUCUUCAAGAUCCAACUCAAGAUCUCAUCACUCGAACUCGACCACUGGAGGUGGAUCGAGCAGCAGCAGCUCGAGAAGAGACAGAAGCUCUCGCAGAUAA